AUGUUGGGCCUUCGGUAUGCUCUGGGUCUCGAUAGGGCAUGCGAUCUGCAAGAUAGCAAAUGCUCGGUAAGACCUAGGGCACCGGUGUGGUACCGGCCGAAGGCUCUCCGAUGCUUAAGUAAGUACGGAUUUAGUAAAGUUGAAUUACAGAUCAAUAGGCAGUAUGCCAUUUUCGAUGUGGGACUGUGGACAUCAAUUGUGAGCUUGCCACGUGUCCUAGAGAAGGAGGUUGCCCUAAUUGUUGGAUCGGGAUCUGGCAAGCUUGAAGCCUUCAUCGAGAAAAGGCGCAGGAAGAAUGCUGCAAAAGAUCACAGAUUCAUGCCAUACCAUGUUGACAUCGUUGAAAACCCAACCCCCACAACGUCAUCCGGCAUCGUCACAAACCUUCGAUCUACGAAACUCAGGUGGUUGGGUCAUCGCCGACCUCGAAAACUGAGCGACGUCGUCGCAAACCCAGAUGCCGAAUAUGCCAUUAUGUAUCUGACGAUGCGCAGAUCUCCUCCUCGAAUCGCCGACCUCACCAUCAGAAUGAGGGGGUCCAGAUCUAUUGGCUACAUGUUGUGUCGCCGACCUCACAUAGAGACAGAGAGAGACGGAGGCAGAGCGAUAGGCGAGGUGGCUAGGGCUCUGGUAUUGGCUAGGGCUAUAUCUAAAAUGCUUUAUAAUCCCUCGGUUUUUACAUCGAUCUUUGAUUCCAUUGUUACUGAGGCCUUGUUAUGA